AUGUUCCAGCCCAGCAAGCAGGAGCCACUGUGUCUGAAAAGAGGGGUCAUUGAACCAAUUAAACACAUGUGUGAAACCUCAAUGAUCCCCGACACAUGGAACUAUAAAGGAAAGAGAGUGAAAGACGUCCGCUUCGAUGCAAAAGAGCCUGACAAUGACUGUGUUGUGAGCCACAUAAUCAGAUUGAGAGAAAAACUGGGCUGGUCCACUGAGAUUCCUGACAGGAGAAUAGCAAAAGCAUGCCCACAAAACAUACAGGAAAUCCCUGAGGAGACUAAAAAGGAUCCUGGAGAGUAUGUGUACUGUCUGAUGAGGAACAGAGGUGACCUCAAGAUCCAGCCCAACCCCUAUGAUCUUCAGGUGGUUUCUGUCCAGACAGCUAAACAGAGCUGUCAGUACUGGACCGUCAGCGCUUCAUGCAUAUUCAAGGUAGCAGAGGUCCAGGGUGCAGAGAGACUGUUCCUCCCUCUGACCUCUCAGUCGACCAACAGGCCGCUGUAUGCUGAGGUGGCUGAGUGGAGGAUCCUCUUGUGUCGCUUCAGCCACUUCCUCAACAUGAUAGACAGAAUGUUUGAAGAGAUGCUCUGUGUCUUGGUCAGAUCUGCAGUUCAACUCCUUCUGUUGUUCCUCCGAGAGUCCUCUAACACUAAUGGAGCGAAAGAGAGAAGACAAAAGACAAAUUCGCCCAGCAAACGAGUGAAGCUAACCAUCUAUCCCUGCCUUGAUGACUUCACACUGCACAUUCAGCAGGUGCUACAAGGAUUUGAACAAGUCAUUGCCAAACAGACGUCCUUCAACCAAGACCCUAACCUCCUGGAUUUGCACUCGCCUCCUGUGUUUGACCUGAAACUGUCUGUUGACGAGGAGCUGGAGAAGGAAAGAGACCAACAUCUCCGACCAUGGCCUGAGCUGGAGCUGUUACUGGGGACAGAUCCCGCUUUCCAGUCUGAUCUGUCGGACAUCCUCAGUACCGUCCAGCGAGGGAUGCAGGGAGUGGAGAAGCACUGUCAGAGGCUAGAGAAGUACUGUGAUAUGGUGGAGACAGCCAUGUUGACUGACAUGGAUGGGUUCAUGGCCGGGGAGAAAUGGUCUCCCCAGGAUAUCAAGGCCAUCUUGGCGGUGCACACAGAGAGCAUCAGGCUGAUGAAAAGGAUAGAGACUGAGACCCGUGUCAACAUGAUCCUMGUCAGGUGUCACCAGUACCAGUCAAACUGCCUGCCCUACCCAGAGGCUCUCAUCUUUACCAUUCACUCCAUGCUCCCCUCCAUUGUAAAGAAGAAGAACCUGGAACUGAUGGAGGUGAUCAGAGGAGCUCUUAAAAAGCUGGAUAAAGACAUUUUUACAGUGGAAGAGUUUGUCGAGCAUCUGACCUUCCUGAGUCGGAUAUCUGUGCAGAUUCCAACUCUGGAAAGACAGUAUCAGUUCCUCAUUCAGCUCUAUAGUAUGGCUAAAGAGUACCAGAUCACUAUCUCUCCUGAGGAGCUGGCUUUGUACCAGCACCUCGUCCCCAGCUUCCAGCAUCUCAAAUCCACUGUCAUGAUCUGUGAAACCAAGAGGGAUGACAACAUCUUCAAGUUCAGCGUUGAUCUGGGCAAACACUUAAAUCAACUCAGAUUUGAGCUUGUUCUGGUUAAAAGGAAGGUGAACAAUCCCAUCCUGCUUUGCUGCUAUACGUCUCCCAAAGUGGCCAACGAGAUCCUCCAGGCUCUCUCGGAGGAGGUGGCCAUCUACUCCAAUAAGGCAUACAGCUACACUAGCUACGGAGAGCUCCUGAGAAACUCUUUUUCUAUGAAGAAGAUCUCCACUGUGGUCCGCAUGAAGCAGGGCCGUGGUUCUAACGCUGCCGAAGUGGAGGCAGAGCUGUCUGAGGUGGACUGUGCCCUGACGCUGAGGAAGAUGCUCUGGGGGAUGCAGAAGGAAUGGGAMAAACAGUACAACCGUUGGAGAGCCACCACCUUCGAGCUGCUCAAUGUGGACGAUCUGCAAAAUGAUGUCAGCCGCUUUACACAGACCAUCUACAUGUUAGAGAAAGGUUUACCUGAAAACAACAUAGUUCCCAUUCUGAAGCAGAAGGUGAUGGACUUCAAGCUUUGUCUGCCCAUCAUCCUGGCUCUCAGGAACCCUUAUCUCCGUCAGAGACACUGGGAAGACAUCCAGAGCUAUAUCGGACGAUUCUUCACCAAAGAGGAUAACUUCACCCUUGGAAACCUAUUAGACAUAAAGAUUCUUCAGCAAAGUGGUUCGAUAGGGGACAUCUCCACUACUGCCACCAAUGAGGCCACUUUAGAGAGCAUCCUGUACAAAGUGAUUGACCUGUGGAGGAACACAGACUURCGUCUGAUCACCCACCAGUCUGACACAUCCACGGUGAAAAUCAUCGCCUCGGCAGACGACGUCAUGGCACAGCUGGAAGAGAGUCAGACCACUAUCAUGAGCAUCAAGUCAUCCCGCUACGCUGAGCCUAUCAAGUAUCUGAUAGAUGAAUGGGAGAGGAAGCUGAACCAGUUCUCACAUACUCUGGAGGAGUGGGUCAUGUGUCAGAAGAGAUGGCUCUACCUGGAGCCUAUCUUCUCUGCUGGAGGGAUUCAGAGACAGCUCCCAGCGGAGGCCAAGGUGUUCCUGCAGGUGGAUCAAUCAUGGAAGGAGAUCAUGAGGAGGACAGAUGACAGGCCUAAUGCCCUGAGAGCAGCUACCACCCCUGGGGUCCUGGAGAUGCUGCAGGCUGGCAAUGUCCACCUGGAAAAAAUACAGAAGUGUCUGCAGGAUUAUUUUGAAUCCAAAAGAACAGUUUUCGCAAGAUUCUACUUCCUCAGCAAUGAGGAACUGCUGGAUGUUCUGUCACAGAGCAAAAAUCCCAACGCCAUUCAGGUUCCCAUCUCAUACCAAGGAAAACUUAAGACCAAAACCCAGAUCAUGUUCACUAAGGACUGCCAGGAAAGCUUCAGCAGUGAGAGGCAGCUGGAGAGCAUGGUGGUGGUGAAGCAGCAGGUGAUCCACAAUGUGGAGGAGCUGGCUGACCUUGUGUCCGAGCCCCUGCCCUGUCACCAGCAGGCCACCCUAGAGGCCCUGCUCACAAUCCUGGUUCACUGUAGAGACAUCCUCAGCCAUCUCCUCCAGAACCGCAUCACCAGUGUCGACGACUUCGAGUGGACAAGGCAGCUUCAAUAUGUCUGGUAUGACAGCACCUCUCUGUGUUACGUGGUCCAUGCCCAGGCUUCCUUCAUGUAUGGCUAUGAGUACCUGGGCUGUUCUCCUCGACUGGUCAUCACACCGCUCACUGACCGAUGCUGGCUGACCCUCACCGGGGCCUUGAGCCUCCACCUGGGGGGCGCGCCCGCCGGACCCUCUGGAACAGGCAAGACAGAGACGGUCAAGGACCUGGCCAAGGCGCUUGGAAAGUUCUGUUUAGUACUGAACUGCUCUGACAGUCUAGACUAUAAGAUGAUGGGGAAGCUGUUCUCUGGCAUGGUGCAGUCUGGUUCCUGGUGUUGUUUUGAUGAGUUUAACCGUAUCAACGUAGAGGUGUUGUCAGUCAUCGCUGCUCAGCUUCAGUCCAUUAAGGCUGCCAUGCAUAGUCACAGUUUACGGUUUAUGUUCGAGGGAAGAGAUAUCCGACUGAACGCCUCAUGUGGAUUCUUCAUCACCAUGAAUCCAGGUUGCAAAGGUCGAGUGGAUCUCCCUGACAACCUAAAGUCCCUGUUCCGGCCUGUCUCUAUGAUGGUACCUGACUUUGACCUGAUUGCUGAGAUCAUGUUGUUCUCUGAGGGCUUCAAAUCAGCCAAAUCACUGUCCAGGAAGAUCGUCAACCUCUACCAGCUCGCCAGCAAGCAGCUGUCUCAGCAGGACCAUUAUGAUUUUGGAAUGAGAGCCAUAAAGUCWGUGCUAGUUCUCGCUGGUCAGAAGAGAAGAUUCGCAGCGUGUGGCCUGACACCAGAGGACGAAUGCUGCGUUCUGAUCUGUGCUUUACAAAACUCUAACUUACCCAAGCUGGUUCCUGAGGACGUUCCUCUGUUUAAAAGCAUCAUGGAGGAUCUCUUCCCUGGCYUCGUCAAUCCCAAAACUAUCCAUCCUCAACUAGAGAUCGCCAUAGCUAAGGCUACAGAGAUGCUUGGAUUUCAACAAUGGCCAAAUCAAGCAGAGAAGGUUACACAGCUGUAUAGCCAGAUUUUGGCUCGAGGAGGGGUGAUGUUGAUUGGUCCUACCGGAGGAGGGAAGACAACAGCGAGACUCAUCCUGCAGCAUGCUCUACACCUGCUGCCCUCUCUGUCUGAAGUCGACAGGAGGACCAACGUCUUUAUGCAGUUGGCACCGAGUUCAGAGGUCCACGUGGAAAGCUUCACCAUCAACCCCAAGUGUGUGAGCUUUGGAGAGUUGUACGGCCAGGUAGACCCCAACACUCUGGAGUGGUCAGACGGCCUGUUCGCUUCUGCAGUCAGAACCUACGCUAAAGAACUCUUCGAACAAGACAACAAGACUUCCAAAGACAGCGAGAMCAGGAACACCUCCUCUUCAGAUGUUUUGAGUGACUCCACUACACCCUUACCUCCCAGCAGUUAUCAACAUAACUUCAUGGUUGACAACUGGCGUUGGAUCAUAAUGGAUGGCCCAGUGGAUAUCCUGUGGGUCGAGAACCUGAACACUGUGUUGGACGACAACAAGACGCUGUGCCUGGUGAACGGAGAGAGGAUCAGCCUGCCAGAUGGCAUUAGGUUCCUGUUUGAAGUGGAUACUCUCAGCCAGGCCACCCCCGCUACCAUCAGCCGCUGUGCCAUGGUUUACAUGGAUCCAGUUGACCUGGGCUGGAAGCCGUACGUGAGGCGCUGGCUGUCCCAGCUGCCCAGACAGCUGAGCAGAGAGGGAAGGAACCACAUCCAGCAGCUCUUUGACAACAGCAUCACCCAGGGGCUGAACUUUGUCAAGAAYCACCAGAAGCUGCUCAACUUCCAGAUCCCGGAGAUGUCCACAGUCAUGACCGUCUGCAGCAUCCUGGGGGCUCUCAUUAACUUCAUGCAGGGGAAUGGUGGCCUGGGACUAAAUCUUGAGACAUUGUCAGAGGAAGACAUUGGGAAGACAUCUGRAGACAAUGAGUCCACAGGAAAAGGGGAGGAUAACAAAUGGUUUCUACAGAAAAACCCAGAAAAACUCACGAUUCUUCUUGGGAAGCUGUUUGUCUUUUCAUACGCCUGGGCAGUGGGAGGAGUCCUGAACCAUGUUGAUGACUAUGAUGAUUCCCCAUCUGCUGCUAAAGACAAAAGCUGUCACCUCGUCAAUGUUGCACACGCAUUCAAAAACCUGAUCCACAAGUUGUUUGAAGGCGCACCUUGCYGUGUGUCUUUACCGGCGGGGAAUCGUAUGAUCUUCAACUACUUUGUGGAUCUACAGACAGGUGCCUUCGUUCCCUGGGAUGAGUUGGUUCCUAGCACCGAGAGUCUAAUACGCAAAGGACUGAACACAUCCUCAGGUUCUGAAUCAUUGCAGUUGGGAGGAGUCCUGGGAGAGUCUAACACAACAGAUACCACCAGCUUUCUGAGAUCAGGCCCCAUCUGCAGCAAUGAUACUGUCCGCUACUCCUUUCUAAUGAGCCUGCUGCUGCUCAACAAACAACCAGUACUUCUCACAGGGGAUUCUGGAGUUGGAAAAACCAUUCUCAUCCAAAGCAUUCUAAAGAAACUACAGAAAGACGGAGGAGAAAUGGUGAAUCAAGGGACUAUACUGGGACAAGUCUUUCUACACAACCAAGCCAAGACAGCCAGCCUGUUGGAGGAUGUUAACCUGCUGACAGCUGUGUUUGGGGGAGAUGCAGAUAAGUCUACAGGUGGCUUGUUAAGCAGCAUGCCGUUUGGAGUGUUGSGCAGGAUGCGUAGUCCCAGCCAUACCUCAGAAUCCUCAGGAAUCCUGACCUGUACCCUCCAGUGCACUGCUCGCACAACCACUGCCUACACACAGGCACACAUGUUACAAAACCUCGUCAAGAAAGGCAAAAAUAACCUUGGUGCACCCAAAAAUAAGUCGGUCUUGGUYUUUGUAGAUGAUUUGAACAUGCCAACACUUGAUAGUUAUGGCGCCCAGCCUUCCAUGGAGUUGAUUCGCCAGUUCAUCGAGCUCCAGGGAGUAUUCGAUGCCAAGACUCUCACCUGGAAGGGCAUCCAGGAUGUGACUCUGUGUGCAGCCUGUGCCCCUCCGGGUGGGGGCCGUCAGAACCUCAGCCCCCGUCUGCUAAGACACUUCUCUGUCCUGCUGCUGCCACACCCCUCUAGCAACACCAUGCAACACAUCUUCCAGGUCCAACUCGGGAAGUUCUUUGGUAUCAGAGAUUUCUCCAAGGAGGUGCGUAAAUGCAGAGAGACCUUGGUGUCUGCCUCCAUCACUGUCUACAAUGAGAUGUGUCAACGUAUGAUGCCCACUCCAGCCAAAUACCACUACACAUUUAACCUCCGAGACCUGUCCAAGAUGGUUCAAGGCCUGAUGCAGACCAGUGACUUCAGUGAACUCAUUGGUAUUCUCUCUAUAGAUGGUCCAGGCCUGAUGCAGGCCAGCGACUCUGCAGCUGAACUCAUUGGUGGUCCAAGGCCUGAUGCAGACCAGGACUCUCAGCUGAACUUAUUGAUGGUCCAAGGCCUGAUGCAGACCAGUGACUCUCAGCUGAACUUAUUGAUGGUCCAAGGCCUGAUGCAGACCAGUGACUCUCAGCUGAACUUAGGCGACUCUGAGCUAAACUCAGAGGAGGCUGCAGCCUACCUGUUUUCCCACGAGACCUCCAGGGUGUUCCACGACCGCCUGGUCAACGAGCAGGACAGAGAACUGUUCUUUCAGAUACUGUCCAACGAGCUGCACAGUUACUUCAAGGUGUCCUGGCCACCAGAGGAGCUGAUGAGAGAACCCAUAACAUUCGGAGACUUCCUGGAUAUGAGCAUCCCAACUGCUUCUAGGAUCUAUAAGCACCUGCCAGAGUUGAAGAAGAUCCAGGCUGUACUGGAGGAGUGUCACGCUAGUCAUGGAAGGAAAGCCUCUCAGUUCCCCAUGGUGUUUUUCAGGGAGGCAGUGGAACACAUCACUAGAGCCGCCCGGGUUUUCAGAUUGAAGGGAGCACACAUGAUGCUGAUUGGACUGGAUGGCACAGGGAAGGAGGAGUGUGUGACUCUGGCCUGUCAUGUGUCUGGAAGCCAUCUCUACAGGCUGUCUGUCUGCCGGAACUGCAGCUACUCAGACUUCAGAGAUGACCUGAAGAGGGUGUUCAGACAGGCCGGGAUCCACCGUAAAAACACUGUGCUGCUCAUCACUGACUCAGACAUUGUCAAGGAGUCAGUCCUUGAGGAUCUGAACUGCAUUCUGAAAUAUGGUGAUGUCCCUGGCCUGUUUGACAACGAUGAGAUUGAUUCAAUCACUGUGGAUCUCAAGUCAACAAUGGAGAGCUCUAUCGGUGAAAAUAGAGAGGAGAUGUACUCUUUUUUCAUAGAGCAAGUUCAUCAGAGACUACACAUCGUCCUGGCCCUGAGCCCUGCUGGGAUGCGUCUGAGACAGUACUGUUGGGCCCACCCGGCCCUGCUCUCCUGUUGUUACAUAGACUGGUACAGCGAGUGGUCUAAAGACGCUCUGCUGCAGGUAGCCAACAGCACCUACAUCAACUCUGACGACUUUGACUGGCUCGGACAGGUCCUGCAGAACAAGGUAGCCAGAGUGUGUGUGGAUAUCCACUACAGCUCAACCCAGAUGGCUGCUCAGUACCUGCAGGAGAUGAGAAGGCCCUACUACAUAGUCCCCAGUACUUUCAUCGAGUACAUAGACACCUUCACCAAGAUGUGUCGUUCAGAGGGGUCUAAGCUCCAUAAUGUCAGAGAUCGCUUUAGUAAUGGACUCUCUAUAUUAUCUGAGGCAACAUCUCUAGUCACUGUCAUGCAAGAUGAGCUGCUAACUCUGGGCCCACAGAUAGAGGAGAAGUCAAAGGAAAUAGAGAUAUUGAUGAGUAAACUGAAAGAGGAUUCUCAAGCUGUGGAACAAGUCCGAGCCAUCGUCAAAAUGGAAGAAGACAUGAUGUUGCAAGAAACACGGAUCGUUCAUGAAUAUGCAGAGGAUGCCACGGCAGAUUUGAAUAAAGUUUUACCUCUGCUGGAGAAAGCAGUUUCAGCUUUAGAUGCACUGCAAAAGAGCGACAUUUCAGAAAUAAGAGUGUACACCAAGCCUCCAGAACUGGUCCUGACAGUGAUGCAUGCAGUCUGCAUCCUGCUACAGCAGAAGCCUGACUGGACUACAGCUAAACAGCUGCUAGGAGACCCUGGCUUCCUCAAGAGACUGGUCAGCCUGGACAAAGACAGCCUGCCAGAGAAGGUGUUUCUGAAGUUGAGGAGGUAUUCUAAGUGUCCUGACUUUAACCCUGCCAAGGUGGGCAUGGUGUCUAUAGCCUGUCGUUCUAUCUGCUUCUGGGUGCUGGCUUUGGAGCACUACCAUGCUGUCUACAAGAUAAUUCAGCCCAAACAGAACAAAGUCAACGUGGCUCAAGCAGCAUUGGUGAAAUCAGAAUCUAAUCUGAUGAAAAAGCAGAAAAGACUAUCGAAGAUCGAGGAGCAUCAGAAAGCUUUGGAGGACCGCUACGAUGCCAGUGUGUCUGAGAGACAGGAGCUGGGGAGACGUAAAGAGAGGACCACGAACAGAGUGCAGAGAGCUGCUUCACUCAUAUCAGCCCUGUCUAAUGAAAAGGAUCGCUGGGAGAAAGCAGUGUGUGACUUGGACAACAAGCUGCAGCACAUAGUGGGUGACGUCAUGGUUUCCUCAGCGUUCAUCACGUACUGUGGUCCUCUGACGGCCGACUACCGUAAAGCCAUGGUGAAGAAGUGGCUGGACUUCUGCCACAACAUGGAGAUCCCUGUCUCUCCUCAGUACACCUUCACCUCAGCCAUGACCGAGAAGAACCAGGUGAGACACUGGCAGAACACAGGCCUMCCACCAGAUCAGAACUCCACAGAGAAUGCUUUGAUCGUGAAGAACGGUCCCCACUGGCCCCUGCUGAUCGACCCCCAGGGCCAGGCCACCAGGUGGAUAAGCUCUAUGGAGGGGGUCAGGCUCAGGAAGAUGCUGGCCUCAGACCCCAACUAUAUGAAGACAGUGGAGAGGGCCAUUCGCAUGGGGGACGCUGUCCUUAUUCAGGAUGUUCUUGAGAACAUAGAUCCCUGUCUUCAGCCAAUCCUGAUCAAGAACCUUACAAUACGUGAGGGUCAAUCAUUCAUCAAAAUUGGAGACACUGAAAUUGAGUACAAUCCCAACUUUAGGCUCUACCUGGCCACCUGUCUGCCCAAUCCCCACUUCCUCCCGGCAGUGUGUGUCCUGGUGAAGCUGAUCAACUUCUCGGUAGAGUACGAGUGUCUGCAGGAGCAGCUGCUGUCCAGCGCGGUGUCUCUGUAUCAGCCGGAGCUAGAGCUGCACCACAACCAGCUCCUCCACACUAUUACUGCUGACCUGUUCAGCCUUCACGAGCUGGAGAACAGGUCCCUGCUGCUGCUGCAGGACACCCAGGGACACAUAUUGGARGACCAGGACCUCGUUGAUAACCUGAAAAAGUCCAAGGUCACCUCCAAUGAGAUCUCCGUGCGAGUUGAGACGGCUAAGGACAAGGAAAAGGAGAUCGACGAYGUCCGCAAGAAGUACCUCCCUAUCGCUAACCGUGGUGCAGACCUGUAUUUUGUCCUGGCCGACCUCACCCAGAUCAACUACAUGUACCAGUUCUCCCUGGACUGGUUCAAUGACAUGUAUGUGAAAGCUUUGCAGGUGGCUACGGAAGGCCAGGAGUGGCCCACCCUGGACGUGUCCAUGCCUGUGACGGGCACCCUGCGCCCGGCUGGAGCUAAAAGCCUGAGGAGGGCUGUGGUGGUGCCUGGAACAUGUGCUCCCAACAUGGGGGACUUUAACCUUCGUCUCCUCAAGAUGAUGAAAUAUGAAUGCAUCACUGAGAGUAUAUACAAGGUAACAGUAUUGAUGAUGAUGAACGCCAUCACUGAGAGUAUAUACAAGGAAGUGUCCCUGGCUCUGUUUGUGGACCACCAGGUGGUUUUCUCCUUCCUGAUGUGUUGUAACAUCAUGAAGACCAACAAGCACAACAUGAUAGUGGGCAGCACUGAGUUCCUGCCUGCUGAAGAGUGGAAGAUAUUCCUACACUCUGCUGUGCUGGCCAGCAUGAUGGACUCAAAGAGAGCCGAGCAGGAGGAAGGGGAGGUCCUGGGCGAGCGUCCGGACCACCCGUGGCUGACAGACAGCAUGUGGGCACAGUGCCAGUACCUGUGUGCCCACCUGCCCUGCUUCGCCACCCUCUACAAGUCCAUCCAGACCAACCGUGUGCAGUGGGAACUGUUCCAGCAGGCUAGGAACCUCUAUGAGUUCCUCAGUGAGCCCUACGCUGGACACGCUGGUUCUGGUACUGAAGGAGAGUCAUCCCAGUCAGCAGCAGCCUCAAAGGACGGGCAUCUCACCAAGUGUGUCCACAUCUUCCAGCUGGGAGGCCUCUCAGGCUUCCAGAAGAUCAUCUUGGUGAAGAUCCUGAGGCCUGAGUGUCUGAACACGGCAGUGAAAGCCUUUGUCAUAGAGAAGAUGGGUUCUAAGUACCUGGAGGUUGGAAAGAUCUCCCUGAGAGAGGUGUAUGAGCGCUGCUCUGCCAACGUGCCCAUCGUAUUCCUCCUCUCCCCUGGCAUGGACCCAGCCUCCCUCCUGGUGCGUCUGGCCCAGGAGCUGAGGGGUAGCAGCCUGCACCUGGACAUGGUGUCUCUGGGUCAGGGCCAGGGCCCCAGGGCAGAGGAGCUCAUUUACAAGGCCCAGGUCCUCAAGGGCCGCUGGGUCUUCCUGCAGAACUGCCACCUGGCUGCCUCCUUCAUGCCCAGACUGCAGACUGUCGUCAACUCGUUGAAGUGGAAAGGCUCAGACCUGGACCCUCACUUCCGUCUGUGGCUGUCCUCUAAACCAGACCCAGUGUUCCCUGCCUCCAUCCUGCAGAGAGCCAUUAAGAUAGCUGUGGAGCCUCCUCGGGGUCUGAAGGAGAAGCUCCUCCACACCUUCAGUCCCAGUGGAGAGGUGACCGAGAGGAGCUUCUGUAAAAUGGACUGCAGCCCAGCCUGGAAGACUUUGCUCUUCAGCCUCUGCUUCUUCAACGCCAUCGUGCAGGAGAGAAAGAAGUACGGCCCUCUGGGGUGGAACAUACCCUACACCUUUACAUCUUCUGACCUGGAGGUGUCCAUGCUGAACCAGGAGAGUCUCCUGCGGGCUGCGGAAGGUUCCGAGCUGCCAUGGGCGGCCCUACGCUACCUGACAGGUGAGGUGAUCUACGGAGGGCGUGUCACCGACCCCUGGGACCGCCGCUGCCUGCUUUCCAUUCUCCAGCGCUGCUAUACCCCCUCGGUCCUGCAGGACGGACACAGCUUCUGUCAGGCUCAGGGCUACCCUCCCUUCCCUAAAGACGCCAGCUGGCCCCAGUGUAGAGCCUACAUAGAGAACAUGCCAGACAAGGACCUGGCGGAGGUGUUUGGCAUCGACAGCAGUGCAGAGACGGUGAUACUGCAGAACCAGACCCAGCAGCUGCUGCACACUAUCGUCAACCUGCAGCCCAGGCUCUCUGAUAGCAGCCUGCUGGWCAGAGACAGACAGUGCCAAGAUAGCGUAGUUCUGAGGAUGGCCAUGAACAUCCUGAAGAAACUACCAGAGACAGUGGAGGUUGAUCGUGUCACAGAGAAAACACUGUUCCUCAGAGACAUCYUCGCCAAAGUCAACUUUGCGGAAUCAUCUUCCUCUGACCAGGGUGAGAGACGCACAGCCUCGGCCUCCUCUGCCCUGCUGGUGAUCCUGCGACAGGAGAUUGACCGGUUUAACUACCUCCUCUGUGUGGUACGCUCCAGCCUCCUCUCCUUCUCUGCCUCCAUCAGAGGAGGGGUGCUGAUGAGUGAGGCUCUGGCCGAGGUCUACACUGCCCUGCUCACCAUGAUAGUACCAUCAGACUGGAAGCACUGCUCGUACGAGUCGUGCAUGUCUCUGGGUUCUUGGAUCCAGGACCUGGAACAGAGAGUGUGGUUCUUCAGAGCCUGGGCAGACAACAUCAAGAUCAACCUUAUAGAAAAGAUACCUAUGAUUAGUGGAGGAGUCUACUCUCUGAACCGUCCACCUAAGACUGACCUGCAGCAGAGCCUCAAGAACAGGAAGCCUCGCUCCUACUGGCUCUCUGGGUUCUUCUUCCCACAAGGUUUUCUGACAGCUGUUCUUCAGAACAGUGCUCGACAGAACAACGUGCCUGUAGACUCUCUGUCUUUCACCUAUCAUGUUCAACCCGUGGAUGAGAGCUCCAGCAGCUGGAGCAAAGUGGCAGACAAGACUAAACUCCUUUUUGAGGGCCCAGCUCCACCAGAUGAGGGCGUGUUGGUGUAUGGGCUGUACCUUGACGGAGCCAGCUGGGACCCGGUCUCCCACACCCUGCAGGAGCUCCAGCACAACAUCAAACACUGCCCUGUGCCUGAGAUACACUUCCUACCCUGCCAGGUCUCUGAGGAUGCUGUGGCCGUGCCUACUACAGAGUCUCCUGGGGACCUCCAGUUCUAUGACUGUCCCCUGUACCGUACCUUCAAGCGGGCAGGCUUCCUCUCCUCCUCAGGCAUCUCUACCAACUUCAUCACAGCCGUGUCUCUACCCACCUUGGUGUGUCCUACUCACUGGGUCUUCAGGGGCACUGCCCUCCUCUGCCAACCUAAUGAAUGAACAAACUCAAUACUAACUGUUUACACUAAAGCUAUGAGUGAACUCAUUACCAACUAAUAAAGACUGUUUCAAAGUAAGACUGUGAAACCUGAAAUACUAUUAAAAAAGAAUAUUUUAUCAUUUUCGAAGCAAUGAAAAUGUCUCAAGUAUCAUUUGAAGAUAUUUUGUUGCCAUACCUACUUAGACACACCAGGCCAACAUGACAAAGUCGCCCACCGGAACACAUUAUUGAAAGAACAAGUACUCAGUUCCA